ACGUGACUCGACGCCAUCAACAAACAUGGCGGACGAUGAAAACACAAACAUGGAAGUCGAUAGGAAAAAUACACCUUCAGGAAACGUAAUGAAAGUCAAGUCACUCGCCGGCGAGGCUGUCCAGACGACGAGCAGACACAACACUUCAGCGGACGAGGGAGACGUCGGGCGGAACCGCGCCACCACGGAGUACUGCGAGAAGCUGCAGGCGUGGAUGUGGCAGUACUACACGGGCUAUGUCAACUGGCAUAGCUGGCUUGCAGUUUCUGCUGUGUCGAGUCAGUAUUAUGUACCGCAGCCAACCAGCGGGACAUCGACGACACCUCUUGAUUUCGCCAGUUUUGAUGCCCAGAACUGGUACAACAACCCGUUUGGUCUUCCGUUGUCGCCUUAUCCGCCCGCCGUGCCCGCCCCGGGCAGCCCGGCGGGUGAAGCCCCCGGCGGCGGCUCCGUGCCCGCCGCGGCGCCCACACACACACCGCAGCAGCCCCAGGAAAAUGGAAACGCACAGAGACCAGGUCGAGAGUACAGUAUUCCUUCACCCCUCCAAAGACUCCUUGCAGAGAUGGUGGAUUUCUUCAUAUUGUUUUUCAUCAAGGCAACCAUUAUCAUCAGUAUUAUGCACCUGAGUGGAAUGAAAGACAUUUCCAAGUUUGCCAUGCAUUUUAUAGUGGAGGAAAUAGAUGAGGACACAUCGAUGGAGGAGCUCCAGAAAAUGAUGCUUGUUGCCCUCGUUUACCGGAUAUUAGUGUGUUUUUAUGAGAUUGUUUGUAUUUGGGGGGCAGGAGGAGCCACUCCAGGAAAGUUUCUCAUCGGGCUCAGAGUUGUUACAUGUGACUCGUCUGUCUUGGUUCAGCCUAACAGGGUACUUGUAGUGCCUGCAACUAAUGUCUCUCUCUCUGCAUCAACUGUCCGAGCCUUGAACAAGAACUUCUCCAUUGCCUUCUUCUUCCCGGCGUUCAUCACACUGCUGUUUUUCCAGCACAACAGGACUGUGUAUGAUAUGGUGGCUGGUACUAUUGUUGUCAAGCGCACUGGAGCCAGAUGACCAUUCAGAGGGUCUUACACUAAGGCCACGUAGGCACUGCGUGCUGUUUUAUUUAAAUAUGGACACGUUUCUCACAGUCCCACUGCGGGACCCAAGUACAGACCUUUCAGUGUAUCGAUGGAGCAAGAAAUCACUCACAGCAGAAACAUUAAGAUGGUGACGGAGAUUUUAACACAUUGCUAUACAGUUCUGUGCCCAAAUGUUGGGAUUUUUUUUUUAUUCUGGAGAAUAAAUUUACCCAUAUGCUGCUUUCAUAGUUUUUUCCUGUGCCAAAUUAUUCUCUCUCUUAGGAGAGGAAGAAUGAUGGCAUGUGCUGGCUUUUGAUUAGUCUGUUGUCUUUUAUAAAAUCAUCACAAGAUUUGCCUCGUCUGAAGUACGCUUCCAGAUUAAGAAUGAAUGUCUAGUAUCCCUCAGUAUUUGAAUUGCUAACCACACAGUUAUUAGAUAUUAUACAUACUGUAUGGCCUUAUAUUCAGUGGAUGUUAGGGUCAGUCUUCUCGUUUUGAGUUAUUUACCUCUGCUGCUGUAGAAGGAGUGACAAGUUGUGCUCAGUUGCAUUCAGCUGCUGAAAUGCUUUGGUUGAAUGGCACACUCAAAUGUAUUUAAUUUAUUUUUACAGCUUCACGCAACUGUUCUUCCAUUACUCUGACAGCACGUGUAUGAAUGGAGAGAAAAUAUAAAAUUACAACAUUUCCAAUUUUCACUUUUAAUACAUUGAAAUGAAACCACUGCUGAUACCUUCAAGUUAGACAUGUCUGUCUUUCAGCCGUUUGCCUGCUAUUUAAUACUUUUGCAGUAAGGCUUUUGCCACUGUCCUCACUUCUGAUAUAACAUUUUGAAACAUUUUGAUACCAAGGAAUGAUGCACAGUAUGUUGUCAACUCAAACAAUACUAACUCCUUAAUGUGCCAUUAUGUUUGCCUUACAUUAUUAUGGCUGCAUCUUUCACAAGUCACAGUUUAUAUCAUAACUACAAUGUUCCUAUGAGACAAUUUUUGAUAUUUAAAAAAAAAAAUGUAAGGAAAAGGGAAAAAAGCCACAUACUGUGAAAGAGCAAACCAGAAAGAGUUUUUACAAUGUUACUCUCAGUGCACCCUAUUAUCCAACACUUUGUGGGAUGUGAUCACUGAUUUUUAAUGCAGAAUAAAAAAUGCCAUUUAUUGAUAAGUUAGUGAGACUUUUAUGCUGUUCAAGUUGCAUGACUUACCUGUUUUACUUCAUGAAAAUGCUAUGAUCAAGUAUUGGUAAAAUUCAGUGAAGGGACGUCUGCAUUACCAAACAUUUCCCACUCCCAGAUGGAGACGAAAGAAAUAACUGCAACAGUUCAUGGGAUGAUUUUCUGUAUUAAUCCCUUCUUGACAAUAAAAAGCUGAUUUGGAUAUAAAUUGUAAA